AUUACACACGGACUCCAGCGAUUUAGUAGGAUAUUAACGAGUUUUUCAGGGCGCAGUCUUAAAGCUAGGCUGAAAAUGUCAAAAUCACCCCCUCUAAAGGAUAUGGUACAUUCCAGGAUCUGUGAGUUUACAAACCUCUCACCUAACUGUUAGAUAUUUGUGAACGGUUCUUUUAACCCCAACUUGAGUUUAGUUUAUUGACUUUCAAGUUUCAUUUUUUGUCACCAGACGUAGAAUAUUUUCAAUACAUCUUUUUCUAUUACUUUUGACACUUACAGAAAUGACCUUUAUUUUUUAACCCGUUUAAGGUAAUACUGUAUAUAUUUCGAACAUCAAAUGUAAGACGCAAAUGUACUUUUCUUACAGUGUGGCACACUAGAGGAAAUAAUAUAACAGCAAUAAAAUAGAAUGAUGAUAAUUAAAUCGUUGUAUUAGGAUGACGUCAUCCUUUUGUUUAGGAUUAUUGCCAUGACAUAAUGUGUAGUGUUUGCUUGUCUCUUACCACAGAUGUGCUGUUCAAUAAAUUAAAACGUUUGCGGAUGUUGAUAUUCUAUUGAUAUUAUUCUUUUUUUUCCCUGACGUUUGAUACUAUUAUUCAAUAUGUUCUCGAUUCAUGACCCAAAAAACAUUUGCAAAGGAAGCACCUUUUCAUCUCUCCUUGACCUGAUGACUUAUUCCAAAAAAAGGUUAAGCAAAGGUGGCAUAAAGCUCAGAUUUGACUUUCCAAAGAGGCCCAUAUAGACAAACAAGUAUUCACGCUUUCAUUUUCACCUAUGGCCAAUUUAGAGCCUUCAGUGAACCAACUUGCAUGUUUUUGGAAUGUGGGAGGGAAGCUGAAGCAGAAUUUGUAUAUUAGUAAUUUAUACACUAUAAUUUAUGUUUACUAUUAUAUAUAGUUGAAUUAUGCUAACUAGUUUUGUUUGUCGAGAUAACUUGCGGUGGUCAGUGGAUUGGUUCGUCUCCCUCCAUCACCGCCUUUUCCGCAUUUUUGUCCAAUCAUCGACGAGCACUGGACCGGAAGUUUUGAACAAGCCUAAACGCGGGAAGUUGCUCAUAUUCUUCAACCGGUCGACAGUCAAGGUCGGUGUUAGAUUGAAAUAAGAUGAAGGUUGUAACUUGUGAGAUCGCCUGGCACAACAAGGAGCCAGUCUACAGUCUGGACUUCCAGCACAGCUCCGAUGGACGCACUCAUCGUUUGGCCACAGCUGGCGUGGACACCACGGUCAGGCUUUGGAGAGUCGACAUGGGCCCAGAUGGAAAGGCGGCGGUGGAGUUUCUGUCUAAUCUGGCCAGACACACAAAGGCUGUCAAUGUGGUCCGCUUUAGCCCCAGUGGAGAGCAUCUCGCCUCAGGAGGAGAUGAUGCAGCCAUUCUGCUGUGGAAGCUCAAUGACAGCAAAGAGCCUGAACAGGCACCCGUGUUCCAGGAGGAAGAAGAUGCUCAGCUAAACAAAGAGAGUUGGUCUGUCGUCAAGACAUUGAGGGGCCACAUUGAGGAUGUGUAUGACAUCUGCUGGACCCGCGAUGGAAACUGCAUGGUGUCCGGUUCUGUUGACAACACCGCUAUCAUGUGGGACAUCAACAAAGGACAGAAACUGUGCAUCCUGAAUGACCACAAGAGCUAUGUGCAGGGUGUGACGUGGGAUCCGCUGGGGCAAUAUGUUGCCACUCUCAGUUGUGACAGGGUAAUGCGCGUGUACAGCACUCAUACGAAGAAGAAAGCCUUCUGUGUAAGCAAAAUGAGCUCGGGCGCACCUGCAGACGGAGAGGUCAAGCAGCACCGCAUCUUCCACGAUGACAGUAUGAGGUCCUUCUUCCGACGUCUUUCCUUCACAGCAGAUGGCUCUUUUUUGCUUGCUCCAGCCGGGUGUGUUGAGGUCGGGGAAACCGUCACAAAUACUACCUACAUCUUUUCUAGGAAGAGCCUCAAAAGGCCAGUUGCCCACUUGCCAUGUCCAACUAAGGCCACGCUGGCUGUGCGGUGUUGUCCGGUCUACUAUGAGCUGAGAACCAAGAAGGCAGAAGACGGUUCGACCGAGCCCCUUCCCAGUCUAUUUAAGCUGCCGUACCGCAUGGUAUUUGCAGUGGCCUCCGAGGACUCCGUUUUCCUGUACGACACGCAGCAGGCACUCCCGUUUGGCCUGGUGUCCAACAUUCACUACCACACACUCAGCGACCUCACAUGGUCUCGAGAUGGUUCAUUCCUGGCAGUGUCCUCCACAGAUGGUUACUGCUCCUUUCUGUCCUUCUCUCCCGGGGAGCUGGGAACACCACUGAAGGAGCCUCCCACUCUGGAAGUCUUCACCCCUACCAGCGGUGCCGAGAAAAAGGGCAAAAAGACGCCAACAGCCCGGACCUCAUCUCCCGUGUCCCAGACUCCAAGCUCAGCUACUACGCCCACGUCCCACCUGACCUCAGGAAGAGACAACAGCAUCUCCUCUGUCAGGACCCCGGAUGAGCAGAAGACAAAGUCCAAGCCUCAGCCUCGAAAGAUCACCCUCAACACGCUAGAGGCCUGGGGGAAACCCACAACUCCAAAAAGCACGCCACCCUCUACCCCUCAGACACCGACGUCCGGAAGCACGAGCGCACCCUCAACUCCUCAACCCUGCGUCAACCCACUCACACCGAGCUCCUCGAAAAAGGUGUCCCGCCUCACCCCGCUAACUCCCACAACACCCAAAGUCCUCAACAGCACCAACUUGCCCACCACUCCUAAAGGUGCCAUGUCUUCUAAAGGACCCACUCCGAGGCGAGUUUCUUUGACUCCCGUUGGAUCGCAUACAGCCAGUUUGCUCUUCAGCUCUCCAGCAUCCACUGAGAAAGCUAAACAUGGACGCCCUUCUCCUCCCAGCGAUCCCCUCUGCCAGCCUCCGGAGUCCAAGCGGCCCAAGACCAACGACGAUGCCUCUGCGGCCAGCAGCGGCACUCAGCCUUAGUGGGACCAUGACAUUAGCGUGACUGUCGCAGUGACGUCAUGAUCAAAACAUCUUGUGUGUAAUAACGCAGUGCUAUUGGGAUUAAGAGGGUAACACGUUCACGGACGAUAUACUCAAAAUUGAUCACAAUGGCUUUGAGUAGGGAGUUUUGAAUGAUUAUUAGCUGCUGCGUGUCUUAAAUUAGCAUGUAACAUUUUGAUCUUAAAAUUCUUAAUACUGUAAGAAAAAACCUAUUACAGCAGAGUAAUAAAUAAGCACUUGAAGGAUUAGUGCUGUGUGAAUUUUGAAUAUAUUUCCUGUGUCUUAAUUUGUUGAUCGUCUUUGGCAUGUCUGAUUUGAACUCUCAAAAUGAAAUGUAAAAGUUUUUUUUUUUCCUCCACCCUGUUAAUAAAAGAGGUCUCCUCAUCUCAUUAAGAACAAAACGGAAACUAA